UUCGCUGGCAGCCCGCCAACGGUCACCCUGAAUCGCAGAAUAUUAAAGUUUUCGAGUUUUAUUUUUUUUACCCAUUUGGUUGGUAUGGAAAAAUGACAAUCAACAGGAACGGGUAAAUCCAAGCAGCUAUCUACACGAGCCCAGCAGCGGAGCACACGCACACAAUGGUCGAUCCGGUGGCGGCGCUGUGCAAUUACAAUGUGCUGGAGGUGAUCUUCUCCUACCUGGAGCUGGACGACCUCAGUCAUUGCUCGCAGGUGUGCAAAAGUUGGUACCACUUCCUCAACGACGAGAACAGCGACGUCUGGCGCUGGCACUGCCUGAACAAGCUGCCCAAGGAGUCCCUCAAAUCGGACCUGCUGUCCUCCGUCCCCACGUAUAAGACGAAGCUGCGGGCCUAUUUUCACGCCUGGAGCCCCAACGACUGUUCGCGCAAUGUGUACAUUAAACCGAAUGGAUUCACCCUGCAUCGCAAUCCCGUGGCGCAGAGCACAGACGCGGCCCGGGGCAAGAUAGGAUUCCGCCACGGUCGUCACACCUGGGAGGUGAUAUGGGAGGGACCCCUAGGCACCGUAGCCGUCAUCGGCAUAUCUACCAAGGAGGCGGCUCUACAGUGUCACGGCUAUGUGGCCCUGCUCGGCUCCGACGACCAGAGCUGGGGCUGGAAUCUGGUCGAGAACCACCUGCUGCACAACGGCGACAUGCAGGGCAGUUACCCGCUGCUGAACAAUGCUCCCAAGUACCAAGUAGGCGAGCGGAUACGCGUCAUUCUCGAUUGCGAGGACAACACCUUGUCGUUCGAAAAGAACUACGAGUUCCUCGGUGUGGCCUUCCGGGGCUUGCCGGACAAGAAGCUCUAUCCCACAGUAUCCGCUGUCUACGGCAAUACCGAGGUCUCGAUGGUCUAUCUGGGCACUCCGUUGGACGGAUAGCUUCAGAGCAGAGGCCCUACAACUUGGUUAACAACUUCCACGGAUCCACUAGGUUAUUGUGUACAUUUGUAUUUAUCUCAAUUAUGAUUGCUUCAUUCCACCUCAAUCUCAGUUCGAUAAAUUAGUUAAUAGUUUCGUUUUUUUGUACAAAAUUAUGCAUUUUGUUGAUUUACGCUAAGCCAAAGUUCAUAUCCACCUCGGCACUAUCUUCACAUGGCAAUUUACUUUAGUUAUACGAACCAAAAGAAUAUAAUAUAAUAGCGAUUAAACAAUA